GGAGUAGGAAAAAGCAAUUGUUUUAAAAACAACGCACUUUGGAUUAGAGAAGUUGACUGAGCUUCUAAUAAUGAGAAGAUUGAGAUAAUUGAGGAUUUCAUUAGAAAAAAAAUGUGAAUUAGUGUUAAACAAGUAAAACAGUUCUGUUUAUUGUGGUGGCUGUUUAUUAUCAUUAAUUUAAUAGGAAUAAAUUCGAAUAAGAAAGACCCUACUUCAACCAACUAAAACUACAUACGACUAUGACUAUGACUAGGCCUACGUGCCAUUCAUUUAGGCGCUCAUGUAUGCAUUGAAUUAAUUUUUUUAAUUAGUCACAUUCAUCACAUUAGACAUUGUAUUGGUUUAAGUUUAAGAAAGAUGGCAAUCUCAAAUACAUGUGAAACAAAACUUAUACUCAUUGGCUUUAUUUUACAUUUAUAUUCAAGUGAAUUUGUUGUGUUAGCUGACGACAGUCUGAUAGUUGGUGGGUCUAUUAGAAACAUUCCAUCAGUUUUUCCCAGUCGGUUGCAAUGGCCAGGACUGCAUAGUCCGAGAAAGGCUUGGUGGGCCAAAGAAAUAACACCUGAUUUUCAUGUUUGUGGACGAUUGACAGAACGUCAAAUUAAAUAUGCAGCAGAGGCUGGAUUUAAAAGUGUUGUUUCAUUAUUUACCUAUCCUGAUGAAGAUAUUGAGGAUAAUUUUGGAGGUGUCCAUCUUCCCAACACUGCAGAAGAGCAAGAGAUAGUUGAAAAAAUAGCAGAACUUCAAUUCAUUGCCUUACUUGAUCCAAUGGAUGAAUGGGCAAGUUUGGAGACUAUAGAAAAAUUUACUGCCAUUGUUCCUCAUAUAAAAACACCAUCCUUGCUUCAUUGUGACAGAGGUAGAACUAUUGCUUUUGUUAUUUUACUCUACAUGGCCAAUCAGACAAGAAAUAAUAAAGAUUUUCAGCCUCGGAUCCACUCUAAAGAAUUUUUUGAAAUAACUGCAGCCAUGGGAUUAGAUUUUUUUUCUCGCCUACCACUUGAAGUUGUUGCGGAAGUAACUGGUGAACCAUUAGCGACCCUAGAUAAUAAACAGGUGCCAAGAGCUAACAAUGGGCCUAAUGACUGGUUGGACUACUGGGUUGCUCAUCCUGUUUAUUUGAACUGGUUCACCGCUGGACAGAUUUACAAAUCACACGUUUUACUCCUGAAAGAAUUUGAGUAUAAAAGUGUUAUCAAUCUCAGGCCAGGUGUAACAGAAAAUGGAGUUCCAAGUCAAGAAGAGGUCAAUUUGUUAAAUGUUAAAAGCUACACAGGAACCUAUGGGAAUUCUCAUUCCAAGCCAAGGCAGUCUGAUGAACGUUUACGUGAAACUCUUGUAAAACCAAAUCGCCCCAAUAUUUUUAUCAGUAAUACAUCACAAGUAAAUUAUGAACGACGUAAUGAAGAAGAAUUUGGAGAUGAAAUUGGAUACAACUCUGAACUUGAGAAAGAAGCUUUUGAGAAAUCAGGGCUGAGCUACUUCCAUUUGCCUUUUCGAUAUGAUGGUAUGAAUUUUAUGAAUUACUCAUCUAGGUAGACUUGAGGGGCAUGCUGUUAAAGGGAUGAUAAGAUUUUUGUUAGCAUUGUUGGGGCACUCCAUGACCACUUGUCUUAUUCUGAAUUACCUGAUAAGGGAUCUAUUCUUGUCAUACACACUAUGUCAUCCUGAUUUAACUAAUAAUAUUAAAUUUGAUACAUACUAAGGCUACACCAUUUUUAUGCAUAUAUCAUAUUUUUAUUUAAUUUAUUAAAACUUACUGAAUGUUGUUCACUUUCAACUUAAAUGUUUCCUCCCCACCUGUCCAGUUUUUACAAACCCCUUAAGAACACAACCCUCUGGAUAUCUUUGUUUGUUUAUUUAUUUAAUAUUUCAGUGCAGCUGACUGCUUUUGAAGAUUUCUUUAGAGAACAUAAAGACACACUGUUAGAUAUUGGCAAGAAAGGUCCUGUCUUGGUGCAUUGUGCAAUAGGACUGAGAGCAGGUAGUUUGAUUUAUUUGUAAUAAUUUACAUUUAGUAAGUUCACAGGUGAGUGAUCAGCGGGUAAGUGCAACUCAGUCGAGAAGUAUAGCAGAUGAGGGGGAUUUCUAUACGGUAAUAAUAUUGUACCACUGCUUCGUCAACUAUUUCUUAUUUGUAUGAUUUUUAGGGAAAAAUAGAAAUUAUGCACCAUUAUUAAGUGAUAUGCCUUAUGUGCAGUGUCUGGACACACAAUCUCUCUUUGAGGCAAACACUUAUAAAACCUGAUGUUAAAUGAGAAAUGUUGUUAUCCGCAUUUGUUAAGUCUCGUGAGACUCAGAGGGCUGUGUAAGGAAAUCUCAAGAGACUUGGAGGGCAGGAUAGAUUUAUCCUAAAAUAAAGGUCGCUUUUAUCUGUGAUCAGAAUAUCUAAAAAUUGUAUGGCUCACUUUUAUUUCCAUGUCGAAAUUUAGUGUGAAGAAAGAAAUCAUAGCUUUUCUGACAAAGAUUACAUUAAUUUAACAGAAAUUGGAAAUUAAAUAUCUGGAGCACUUUUAAAUUCUACAAUCAUCUUUUUCAAAUGAGUGACAAGCAUGAAGCUGGUUUUCUCUGACAUGAGGCUCAACCCACUGGGGCUCUAGUAAACAUGUCUAGUGGCAUGCUGAUUAAGAGGUGGUGCCACCGACCACUCUGGCAUCACUGGGGGGGGCAAAGCACACAAUUUAGUGUACCUGCAUUUGGAGACAAGGGUCUUGCAUGGUAUCUGUGUUAGAAGAAAGAGCACAGCUGUAUGGUACCUCCCACUACAGUUGAAAAUAAUGACAGAAUCAUGUCACUAUCAUACAGCCCUUGAGGGGACUGUUCCUAGGCAACUGUUUCAUCCCAGCUACUCAGUGAAUUAUUCAUGAGGUAGAAACCAUUUGUAGAAACCCUAUUAGAUGUCGUCAGACGCAACUUUCGCACAAAUGAGCAAUCUGACAGAAGUGAGGUUGGUUAAUUCUGGAUAUUUGGCUUUUAUUUAUUUUUUUUUUUAAAUCACAGAACUGAUGAUGAUUGGGGCCAUUAGAGCAGAUAAAGCUCACUUUUGAAACCACUGACUUCUUGACAAAGGAUAUUAGCAAUUAUUUUUCCCACAUUACAUGCUUAUGAAUUAUGCAAUGAAGAACCAUAGCCUUGGCACAGCCAACACUUAAUACAGCCUUCUUAAUUUGAUCCAAUUAACCUUUACCACACAUGAUAUACCACCACUUGUUGUGAGGUAAUUGAAGUUUUUUCCAAUCCAAAUUUGUCUACCUCAUUGAAAAUGUCACCCCCUUGUUGUUGAAUGCAUACUAUGCACAGACAGUAAAUCUUCGGUGAUCUCAAAAAUCACUAUAGACUGCGGGACGGAUAAACCCCAUCGUGGGCCAAAUCUAGGCCAGCGAGCCGUAAUUUGCAAACCCCUGCACUAUACUGUUGUCUCUGCCUCUGUAUUACUCUUAUACUGGUGUUGACAAUGCCAUAGAGUGAUAAAGACGAUCUGAGGCUGAAUUAACUUUACGUAAAAUUUAUAUCUGAUUUCUUUAAAACUUUUCAGCUAUGGUUGCAGUAUUGACGGCUGCAUUACAGUACAACCUGUCCUUUGACUGGGCCCUUCAGCGUGUAAAGGAGUUGGGUUUUGGCUUAUCUGAAGAGACUUAUCCUGAUGUGUACAAAGUCUACAAGGACUACCUGCUUUCUGAUGUAAGGGUAGAAUUGUAAUAUAAUUAUAAAUUUAUUGGCAUAACAUCAAUGACUUAAGGAAGAAUGGAAGAAGCUUCUAAUUUUAGUUUAAACCUGGCAAGGAAGAAAAAUAAAAAUGUUUGUACUAGUUCGUUGGAUCCUUAACUUUGUUUUUAAUAAGUAAAUGGUUUUGUAUGGGAAUUUUAAAAAAAUUCUUGAAAUCAUAAUUUUAAGAAAUAUAUUUGUUUUAUAUUAUUAUGAUAUUUGAGUAGGCAAAGUCUAUGCUUUCACACCUUUGUGAAUGCUUAUUUCACAGACGUAGUCUUAGUACCUAUAAAUACUAAACAAUUUUUCAUUUGUGUUGGGAAAUUAACAAUCCGUUGUCUGUAUAGUUGAAUGAAACGGAAAAGUUUUCUUGCAAAAUAGAUAACAGCGAUUUACAUUCUGAAACUGUCAAAAUUAUACUAUUAUUUUUAAAUGUUUGUACUGCCUGACCUUCAAUUGCAUGAGUGUUAGUCUAAAUAUAUUAUUGCAGUUUUUGUUGAAGCAUUUUUAUUGGAUUAUAUAACUAUUAAGUUUUAGAGAUAACAUGAUUGUUGACCCUUUUAAAUGUUUUGAAUAAUUUGGAUACAGAAUACAGUGAGAAAAAAAUAUUUGAAGGUGGAAUGGUUUUUUUUUUUUUGUGAAUGGAACUGGUUUAGAUUAGCAAAGUUUAUAUGGAACUGGUUUAGAUUAUUAAAGUUUAUAUGGAACUGGUUUAGAUUAGCAAAGUUUAUAAAAAGAUAACAUUUGCAUGUUUGGUCAAUCCUGAGCUUGACUGGCCUGCACUUUUAACUUACCUGUAAGUCUAAAAAUGUGUCUCAAGUCUACAGUGUAAAACACCAAGUUCUAAAACUGAUUUUAAUUGAUUUCUAUUUUUUUUUAAAUGGUAACCUUACAGUUCAUGUUAAUUAUGAAUGAAGGAAUGUGAAUAUUGAAGUUACUGGGUAGAGACUUAAUGUUAAGAAGGAAAUGUUGGCUUUUUUAUUUUCUCAUGCCUUGCCAAAAAUAAUGAAGAAAUUAAUUACAUUUUAACAAUUAAAAAAGAUCUUCUUGAAAAUUCUGCCUUGACCCUGGUACAGUAUUUUAAGUUAUUUAUGAAGCUAUUUCACUUGUCAUGUUGAUUUUACAGGGUAGUUUCCCUUAUUUUCCAGAUCUUGCACAGAAUUUUAAAUUUUUAAAUAUUUUUUAAUCUAAUACAACACUUUAUUUUCUUGAUUACAUUUAUAAAAUAAUUUUAGCUUGUACCAAACAAAUUAUACAAUGAAAAGGAAAAACAAAAUGUUGUAUUUUUGUGUGAUUAUAGUAUUCAGGAAUGUAUAUUGUAUCUGAUAUGUUGUUUAUGUGACAAUCUAAUGUGUGCAUAAGGUUAUGACAUAAUUUUGCAUUGAUAGGAAAUUGCAUCUAUUGGCUGUAACCAGGUGUAGAGAAAAAUAAUAAUAUUUCAGAAGCGGGCAUUGUUUAUUUGAACUGAAAUUUAUAAAUGCAUGCACCAUUUAAGAAUGUGCAUGCACAUUGGUGGCCAGACAUGUAAAGUUUGCCCUUGGGAAUGUAAUGCUUUGAUGACAUUAGUUUCUUAUCAGAGAGAAGAAGAGCCUCAACUUACCUGUGUUAAGCUGACUUUGCUAUCAAUAUAAGUUUUCUAAGUAUUUUAGGUAACGGUGAACUAUAUUUAGUUUUUAAUGCACCUGUCUGGUUUCAGCAUUGAAAGCUUCAAAAUUCUAAAGGGACAUAACUAUUUCUUGCUAACAAAUAUUGCAUUCUCCACAAGAGUUUGUAACUAUUUUAGAAUUAAGAAAAGUGAUUGGAAUGUUACAUACCAAGUGGUGCUUCUGUUAAUGUGCUUGUGAAAUGCUCAACUUUGUAAUAUUAUCAUCUGUGCUUUAAAUUAAAUGAAGACAUAUCAAUGUUUAAUACAUAUUACUAUUAUCAGGUCUCCUCAAGCCUUUAUUUUGUAACUAUUGAACAAAUGAUAAACAUAUGUCAGUACAUGUACUUAUAUUUUUAUUUAAGCUCAAGUAUGUAAUUGCUCACUUUCAUUUAUGGUAAUUCUUUUAUCAUAAUAUCAUCAAAAACUCUUACUGUAUACUUGCUUCAAGGCUCUGACUAUUGCAGAACAUUAGAUUAGAGAAAUUAUUUUAAAUGUAUAAAUUGAGAAAUAUAUAUUUAAAUAAAGCACUGUGAUAGGGUAUGAGAGACAUUCUAUAAAUAAGAAGCUUUAUUUUCUUGAACCUAAUUUCUUGUCAGUUUGAUAAUCAGUCAAUAUCUAUAGGAUUGAUUUUUCAUUUUUUAUUCGGUUUGCAUUUUAUUAAAUGUGGUUGGCAGAUGCAACUAUUUUUUUGGUAUUUUCAUUUUAACAUUUUGUAAAUAAAUAAAGAAAUCAAUUGAAAGGGGAAAAAAAGAAGCGAAAAUUAAAUAUUUUCAUAGCAUCAUACUUGUAAUAUCUACUUGCAUAAAUUUAUAAAAGCAUAUUUUUACAUUCUUGCUAAUUAACCUUUUAUUGUAGAUUGAUGAAAUUGAGUUGUUGAUGUCUUGAGUUGUUGAUGCCUUGUAUAAUUAUUUCAUGUUAAGUCAUGAAGUAUGUAUGCCACCUUUGUCAAUUUAUUGGAAAGGAAUAAAUACAAAUAAUCCUAUUUUUAAACAAUGGAAGAUUGUUUAAAUGGAUUGGUUAAUUAAAGAAAGAUAAUUUUACCUUACUAAAAUAAUUACUUGCCAGUACAAUGAGUUGUGUAACCUUUUUUUUUUUAAAUGUACAAAAUGAGUUAUUCAUGCCCAUAUAUAGAGCUUGUCCUUUCUUUUUUUCUUCCUCAAAACCAAUGAUUAAUUUAAAGACGUUUCCUUUAUUUUAAAAUUUAAUUUGAGGCCAUGACUUUUUGUUAUCAAUGACAUUUUAAAACUGAUUGUGAGAGAAUUAGAGAAUUUAUAUUAUCAUGAACUGAAAUAGAGAACUUUUUUUUACCCCUGAAAAUGUAUUCAUGACCACCUGUACCACUGACUAUUGAGGCAUAUCACUUUUAUUGUUUCACAGUGAACAAUACCCCAUGUCCCAUAUUGGUGAUGGGACAUUUUAAAUUAAUUUACGUAGCACUUGUUGAAGUUCAUGUACCUUCUAAGAGUCUAUUUACCACUUCUUAAGAACCGCUAUAUUAAGGAACAUCAUUACAGGCCAUCAUACUGCAUGAGGCUUUUAAAAUAACCUGAAAAACCUUGGUUUACAAACUUGAACAGAAAGCCAUUCUGAGAAGUGAGCCAUGGAUUUUUUCCUAACUCUUAAUCAACAUAAAAAAGCCAUUUUUGUUAAUGCUUCCUUAACCCCCAAUGACAUCUUAUGUUAACCUGUGUACUUACCUACGUGAUUGUUAACAGCAUAAAUAAAUUAUAACAUGCUUUAAAAAUUAACAUAAUUUAACUUUAUUUAACUUGACUUGGAAAGUAGAAGAUGAAGAAGGACGAAUGUGAAGACAUGUUUUUGCUUGGAAGAGUCACCUCCCAUAUUGUCAGUUUUGAAAAAAUCUGCCCUUUUUGUAACUUGGAAUCAUUGUCAGCUGGUCAUUGCCUAAUGUCAGCCGUUUAACAAAAGCCAAUGUCAGCUGUUCAUAAGCCAAUGUCAGCUGUUUGUAGCCCAAUGUCAGCUGUUCGUAGCCCAAUGUCAGCUGUCCAUAGCCCAAAUUUUUUGUGUGCUCUCAAAACAAUAGUUGGUUGUUUUAAAAAAAUCUUUAAAAUAAAGAUUAAGGGCGUCUCUAAUUAGUUUGAAUGCAUGUUGUCAUCUAUUUUAAGAGACAAAUAAUUAGAUAAAAAUGAAGCGUGUAUUGUCUUGAAGUGUUAUUAUUUAUAUUAUUUUUUUAGUUUGCAUGAAUGCAUUUUAUGGAUACAAGAAAGGGGCACUUUUCAUCUUUAAAACUCUUCUUUUAUUAAGUUAAAGAGAUCUGAGUUUUUAUAAUUGG